AUGACAGGAGAGACGAAACGAGAACCAGACCCAAAGAGUGACCCAAACGAGGAACCAGAAAAGCCGUGGUCUAAAAUUGAAGUUAACCUCGACGCCGCCUGGAGCCACAAUUAUCCUCUUAGCACAGACAAUGAGAUGCUCCCUUAUCGCUCAGCCCAACUCCGCCAGGUUCAACUUCUUUCUCCCCCUCACCACCGUUUAUGCCCGUUGGUGCUUCCUUUGGAGCCGUCGCCUUCGUCCAAUUCUGCAUCCAUUGGAGGGGUUUCGUGGGCGAUCGAUGCUUUCCUGAUGAUUUUCCUCCAUGCUGUUGUGGUGGUCAUGUUUGGCCAAUCUGUCAAAUUGGGUAUAUACGCCGUUGCUCUGGUUGACAUUCCCAAUGCCAAGUCUCCUCUCAAAUUUGCUCAUGUUGAGCUUGGCAUCGGUGUUGCGGUUGACUUUGACUACGGAACUAUGAGAGUGGAAGGUCAACUGUCGCCCAAGUCGCUCAUUUUGGACCCCAACUGCCAUCUCACGGGAGGGUUCGCGUUAUUUUAUUGGUUUGACGCUACGCAUGCAGACAAGUCUCUCGUUAGCAACUUCGUCUUCACUCUCGGCGGUUAUCAUCAAGCCUUCAGAGUCCCAGACACUUUUAGUGCUGGCCCUAUCGAAGCUUGGUUUGACGCUUUUGCCAACUUUCUCAUCAAUUACAACCCUUUCCACUUCGCGUCUAGUGCAGGCAUUUGUGUUGGCGUUCGCUUCAACAUCGAUGUCUUGUUUAUUCACACGCAUAUCUCCGUUGAGGUCGGAGCGGAUUUAUUUAUGUGGGGACCACCGCUUGCUGGACGUGUGCAUGUCGAUAUUAAGGUAGCCAAGUUUGACAUCAACUUUGGUGCGGAUAAGGGGGACGAGAAGGAGGCAAAUAUCGAGGAAUUCUACCAUCUCGUUCUACAGGCAAGCAGUCAACAGUCAAACAGCCGGGCGGCAGAAGAGGACCGCGCCCUGAUCGCUGAGGGCGAAGAAGAUAUUUUACCUGGUGAUCUCGAUCAAGGACACACGUUCCUUGCCACUUCAGGACUUCUGAACAAUAGUUCUUCUACUGAUCGAGUCCAGAAUGCUGAUUGGGUCGUUCGCGAAAGAUCUUUCUCGUUCGUCGUUGGAUGUAAGAUGGCAGUUCAAGAUGCCCAGUUGGUCGACGAGAACGGCAAAGCCAUGACCAAGUCAGAGAUGAAGAUUGAGAUCGUUCAAGAUGGUGUCGCCCAUGCGAAAUGGGGCAUGACACAAGAGUACAAACAAGUGCCAACGGGUCUCUGGGCCAAGUGCAAGUCCAGCGAGCCAGAUCCCACCAAGAGCAGUCAAAGGAACAAUAUCGACGAUUUGCUCGACAAUAACUCCGCUAGCUUGAAGCUUAUGAUGGGUGUUCUCAUGGAGGGCCCACCAGCUAUCAUGUCUGAGGAUACUCUCAAAGCCUUCAACAUCCUUGCGCAAGGUGAGAGAGUCUUCAAAGCGAAGAAACCUUUUCCCGAGACGGAGUCACCCAAAGAUGACUGGAAUCCCGGUAAGACCAAGGAUGGUGCCGAACAGUGGAAUGAUGUGCAUAACAAGUGGUCUUCGCCAGAGUGGAAUGAGGGUCGUGGUGACGUGCAACAGACUUUUGUCGAUUCUUGGUCUGAGAAUUUUGGGUGGGGAAAGGCAUUGUCAGAAGUGGCUAAGCUCCCUAAGCUUCUGGGAGAGAGGUUCGCUGAUUUAUAUGUCGAGGCCCCACUGAUCACCAUCUAGUUAAGUAUGCUGUUUACGUUCGACUUGGGUACGAU